GCGCCCGUCGCCGGCUCAACAGUCUCUUUGUCUGCUUCAGCUGGCUAAGUUGGGUGGCAGUGUUCAUGUCUCGCUCCUGGGUUGUGGAGGUGGCGUUCCACUUCAAUCCAUUGCCCCAGUCCACGUGGAUUGCACGUGAAGGUGGAGGUCUCUUCUUCUUCGAUAAUUUCGCAAUCCGCCCUGCUCACUGAACGACUUCGACAAUAACAACAACAACAGCAACAACGAGAUGCUCUACGUUAUCGGCUUGGGUCUCAGUGACGAGAAGGACAUCACGGUCAAGGGUCUGGAGGCCGUGCGCGGGUGCGAGCGAGUCUACCUUGAGGCGUACACCUCCAUCCUCAUGGUCGAGAAGGAGAAGCUUGAGGAGUUUUACGGCCGCCCCGUCAUUACGGCGACGCGCGAGACGGUCGAGCUCGAGAGUGACGAGAUCUUGCGUGACGCAGACAAGGUCGAUGUCGCUUUCCUUGUCGUUGGUGACCCGCUAGGUGCCACGACCCACACCGACCUCCUUCUGCGGGCGCAGAACCGCGGUAUUCCCACCCAGACGAUCCACAAUGCCUCCAUCAUGACCGCCCUCGGAUCCUCCGGCUUGCAGAUGUACAACUUCGGGCAGGCCAUCUCUCUCCCCUUCUACACGCAAACUUGGACACCGGACUCGUGGUACGACCGUCUCGAGGAGAACUUGCGCUAUGGGAUGCACACUCUCGUGCUUCUCGACAUCAAGGUCCGCGAGCAGAGCGAGGAGAACAUGGCAAGGGGCCGUCUUGUCUACGAGCCGCCACGCUUCAUGAAUCCCGCCACUGCGUUCGAGCAGAUCCUGCUCACCGAGGGUAAGAGGCACCCGUCGUCCGAGGUUGAGGCAGACAUGGACGACGAUGACGACGUGCCCGUCGCUGCCGGCCCGACGCUCAUGGAUCCCGAGAAGACGCUCGCAAUGUCGCUCUCCCGCAUCGGCACGAGCACGCAGAAGAUCAUCUCGGGCACGGUUGCCGAGCUCGCCCGCCUCACUGCCGAGGACUACGGGGCACCCCUCCACUCCGUUGUGAUCGUCGGCAAGCGCCUGCACCCCCUGGAGGUCGAAUUUGCCGGGCGCUGGUGCGUCGGCGGCGAGAGCGGAGACUGGUGGCGCGUGGCUAAGGAGGUGUAUGGUGUUGAGCGCGAGUCGUUCGACUAGGCGGCACCGAGGGGGUGCGAGGUGUGCACGGAGGACCGACUUUCAACUAGUUGCUAGACGCUUUCUGCAGCGAUGUAUUCAUAUUUUAGAUCAC